ACUUGGCGAACCUGUGAACCAAGCAUGCGGCUUCUCGUCAUAUUUCUUGCUUUCCUUGUCCCCUCUUCGACUACAGAGGAUUCAUCCCUUGCAGAGGGGAUACCAUGUUCAAAAUAUCAAGUGGCUUUCAAUGAUUCAUGUUAUGAGUUUGUGAGACUUCAGCGCACUUUCACGAGUGCCCAGAGCUGGUGUGAGAGAGGAGGGGGUCAUCUGGUCUUUAUCGAGAAUGAAGAAACCCAGACGUUCUUACAGGAACACAUCUCCCAGGACAAAGAGUGGUGGAUUGGAAUCACCUACAGUUCUUCUUCGAACGAAACCACGGAAGGUUCCAUGAUCUGGCUGGAUACCUCGAAUAUCAGCUACAGCAAGUGGCACGAAGAGCCAGCCUCCGUCCUCACGUCGUCAUGUGGCUAUAUCCUGAAGAAUUCUGGCUAUGAGUGGGGUGUAACGGAGAACUGCAGCCAGGAGUUUGACUUCAUUUGUGAGUUUGAAUCAGGCCAAAGCGUUGCUUGCGACAACUUUAACGCCACAGUGCAGUGUGGAUCAGGAGAAGUAAUUCAGAUUGGCGACAGCUUCUACGGACGGAAAACUCCUCAUUACUGUGUACUAGAGACUCCCCUGCAGUUUGACGUCGAAGAGGAAUGCAGCUGGAUUAGUGUAAAGGACGAAGUUGCAGGGCAGUGUCAUGGACUCCAAGCAUGCCAAGUAGCAGCUGAUGGGACCUUUUUUGGAGACCCUUGUCCAGGUUUGGGAAGCUACCUGUCUGUUCGAUACCACUGCAUGGAAGGCUUGCGACUGGCUGUGACUGAGACGAACUUUGUCUUUGAAAAUAUCACCAUAUCCUUGAAAUGGUUACUCUCCCCUUACUCUGGCAACCUCUCCUGCAUAGUUAGCACCGGAGAUGGAAACACUAUUGACCCCUACUACCCACCAUCCUUGACUAGCAACGUGACACAUCGCUACGCAUCUCCUGGCGAAUUCACCAUCUUUGUGGAAUGCACGACCAGCGAAUGGCACGUGACAGCUCAAAAACUGAUGACCGUCCAAGAUAAAAUGGACACGCUGAAUGUUACCGGGUGCUUCAGCAAGUAUGAAGUUGGGAACAGCUCUCAUUGCAGGACCCUUUAUGAGGAGACGUUGUGGAUUCAAGUGGAACUUAAUGGAGGGAACGGAGUGACCUACACUGUGCUAGGUGAUAAUAAGACUCUGCUGGAGUCCACCACCAAGUCGGGAAUUGUUCCUCAUAAUCUGACCCUGGAUAGUGCGACUCAACAGCUGAUAGGCCCUGGGGUGCAUCGCCUUGAAAUUGUUGCGGCCAGCAAUGCCACAGAGUCGGAGAUAGCCGAAACCCUCACUGUGCAUUUAGUGGAGCCCAUCUCUGGCCUUCAAGCCAUGCUGACCUCCUCUUCCGUGGAACUGGGAGAAGAGCUGGAGAUCAAAGUCUCCGCACGCCGUGGUGCUCCUGAAAAACUGAGGUUUGAGGUGAUUGGGCUGAACGAAACAUUUUCCCACUUGGAGGAGGGUCCGGAAGGAGAAGCCGAAACCUACAGGAUCCCAAUGAAGUCUGAAGGUACUUUUCUGGUCAAGGUGUUCGCUAUGAAUGCCUUCUCAAACAUGACCAUUGAUGUAGGAACUGUCACCGUGUCAUCUAACAGUUCUCAUAAAGAAGAUCCUCCUGAGGACAAAGAGGAGACCACCACAGAUGGUCAAAGAAGGGUUGAUGAGAAAGGGAAAAAUAGGAUCUACAUUAAGCCCAGCCGCCAUGCCAGUGUCUUCACAACCAUUACCCUUGGCUGGCCAGAUGACACCAGCAACAGCUCCCUCUACACUUGGUCUUGCGGGUCCUGCUGGCCUGAAUGGGCUGAAUGUGUGCAACGGCAGUUGAUUUCCAUAGACCAAAGGGAGAUCCAGAUCCCACCUGCCUGUUUACCACCUCCCAGCUCUGCGGUGACUGUGAAAGUUAGCGUCAAAAACAAGGAGCAGGAAGAGAAGCAGGAUGAGCAAUGCCUCUACGUCACAGCCAAACAAGAGCUGAGCCCACGAAUUGGGUGUGAAACGAACUGUAAACCGGUGAAUGUCACCGAAGAUGUCACACUCAGAGUCUCUGCAGGGACAGACUCAAAGGCUACUCUCUACAAGUGGUAUUUAGAUCACACCUUCCACAGAAAGGUGAGUCCACUGCCGCCUGGCUGCAGCCUGAAUGGUUUCCCACAGAGCUCCCUCACUUUACUUCAGAGCAACACAACUACACUGGUACUAAACAGCUCCUUCUUGCAAACACAAGGAGAUGCCUUUAGAAUUACAGUAACAGCAAUGAGCGAGCGUAAAUACGGCGAAGAAACCUAUAUUGUCAGCACUGUGCCGCCUCCAGCAGUCCCAGUAUGUAGUGUAUCUCCUGCACAAGGAUCGGUGCUCACCAUCUUCUCCGUCUCUUGCCAUUCUUCCUGCUUGGUGGAUCAGUGUGUUCCGGUUGACAGCUCCUCGCUCACAUACUGCUUCUACCUGGAGCCAAAUUCUCUCCUAAGCUGUAGACGAGAUCCUGUACUACCUUCAGUUUACCUUCCACUUGGAGAAGAGGACAAUAACUUUAUUUUACGGAUUAACAUCGCUGUGAGCAACAGCUACGGAGAUACUGUUCGAACAAAUGCCACAGUCAGGGUUCGAGAUGAGGAUAUAAGCACUGGGAACCAGACCUUGCAGGCCAUUAUUUCGGAAAAAUCAAACACCAUCCUAAAAGGAGAGAACAACAGCAUGUCCCUAUUCCAGUUGUACAAGUCGGUAUCUUCUGUCCUCAAUCAAGAGACAAAGGUAGAGACUGUUAAUUCAUCUCUGCGGACAGAUACGCGGAAAGAGCUGCGAGAGUUAAUGCUGACAACCCUUUCGGCUGUCAAUGUCACAUCGAUGCAGACAGCUCUAAAGAUGUCUGAGGUGCUCAAAGAAGUCACAUACAGGAGUGCAGAGCUUUCGUCCUCAGCACAGGUGGAAGCUGGUCAUACGCUGAAAGGUGUCAGUGAAUCCUUGCUCAUCGUGAAUACAGAAGAUGCCAAGGAUGACCUGGAGCGGAAGGAAGCAGCCGGCUAUCUAUUCAAUGCAGUGAGCAAUGUCCUUGAAGCCACUGUGCAAAAUGGAUCAGAAGAUGCUUCUGCCCCAGAGUCUGCACAGAUUCUGGUGUCACAGCAACUCCUUACCGCCGUUGAAAACCUCCAAAGCGCUCUCCUGAUUGGGAAGCUCCCUGACAAUGAACCCAUGGUGCUCACAGCUCCCUCUGCUGCGAUGUACAUCAACAGGUUACAGACGGAUGACAUGGACAGCACAUCCAUUAAUAUCUCCAAUUUCAGCACUGCCAGCUUCACUCUGCCCUCUGCCUCUUCUCUCAGCAUCUCAGGAGACAGCGAUGAGACCGUGGACAUCCGGAUGGUCAGCUUCUCCAUGAACCCCUUUUCCUCAAGUGACAGUUUUGGUAUCCAUGGAGCUGUGGGGGGCCUCACGCUCACCAGCCUAGAGGGCUUGGUCAUUCCGGUUCAUAACCUUAUGGAAGACAUUGAGAUAAUGCUGCCAAGGAAUUCAGCAAUCCAAGAUGACAAAAGUAUGUUGAGUCUGGGAGACUUCAAUGCUCUCCAAGUUAAUGUGACCUCAGUAAAUGCAUCUCUAGUGUUCCAUCUGGAGCUGGACCAAAACAUUCCACUUACCCUAUAUUUGGGAUACGGCUAUCAUCCCAACGAGACGGACUAUGACUUGAUGACCCGCCUUCCUCGCAACAGAAAUGCUAGAGAUGAAGCAUAUUCCUGGAUCCUUCACCCAGAAGACAUUUUCGGAGAAGGAACUUACUAUUUCAUAGUGAGACCAGAAACAGAACUGGAGCCCAGUGCCACCAGUGACAUGAAUGUUUCUGUCACUUGCUUUGUGUCCCAGUGCGUGUUCUGGGACGAGCAUGAAGGGAACUGGAAUAACUAUGGAUGCCAUGUUGGCCCCCAAACCACACCCACUGGCACCCAAUGUCUCUGUAACCACCUAACCUUCUUUGGGAGCUCCUUCUUCGUGAUGCCAAACUCCAUCGACGUCAGCAAAACGGUGGAGUUAUUUGCCACUUUUGUGGACAACCCUGUGGUGGUGACGACUGUGGGCUGCAUCUUCCUAGUCUACCUGCUCGUCCUGAUCUGGGCCAGAAGGAAAGACAUCCAAGAUGAUGCUAAAGUGAAGAUCACAGUCUUAGAGGACAAUGACCCUUUUGCUCAAUAUCGCUACCUGGUGACUGUUUAUACCGGACACCGCCGAGGGGCAGCUACAACUUCCAAGGUGACCCUCACUUUGUACGGCCAGGAAGGAGAGAGUGAGCCACAUCACCUGGUGGACCCUGACACGCCGGUCUUUGAGCGAGGCGGAGUGGAUGUCUUCCUGCUGCGUACGCUCUUUCCUCUCGGGGAGCUGCACAGCGUCAGGCUGUGGCAUGACAAUUCAGGAGAGAGCCCAUCCUGGUAUGUGAACCGUCUGCUGGUCCAUGAUGUCACCACGGAUCAAAAGUGGUAUUUCUUAUGUAAUUCCUGGCUGUCCAUUGACAUUGGAGACUGCGUCUUAGAUAAAGCGUUCCCCAUAGCCACUGAGCAAGACAUGAAGUUGUUCAGUAACCUGUUUUUUAUGAAGACCUCCAAGGGUUUCCGCGACGGGCAUAUCUGGUACUCCAUCUUCAACCGCUCACCACGCAGCUCCUUCACGCGAGCCCAGAGGGUAUCCUGCUGCUUCUCGUUGCUUCUGUGCACCAUGUUGACCAGCAUCAUGUUUUGGGGGGUGCCCAAGGAUCCAGCUGACCAGAAAAUGGAUCUAGGGAAGAUCGAAUUCACAUGGCAAGAGGUGAUGAUUGGCUUUGAGAGCUCCCUCCUCAUGUUCCCCAUCAACCUGCUCAUCGUGCAGAUCUUCAGGAACAUCCGGUCUCGGCCUAAGAAAGAGAAGAAGCCGGGGAAAAGUGGGCGAGUGUCCCCCGACCUACCUGCCCCUCCACACAAGCCUACUCAGAGCGCCUCACUCACUCCUGAGGCUGUGACCAAGGAUAUUCGGAGAAUUGCCAAUUCUCUCUUCAAAACCCUCAAGGCUCCCCUACCUUCCUCCGAACCUGAUUUUGUUCAAUCGACUGAUAUCAACAAGCUUCUGGCCUUGGUAGAGGACAUCAUCUGCCAGCAGAACAGGAUUGGACAGGAAUUUUACGACGAGAACAAGAAGAAAGAUGAUCCAAUUAUCAUCACCCUCGGCUUGGUAGAUUUACAAGAAAAGACACGGACCCCCACUCCGGAGAAAGGAGUCGGGGAAAGGCUGAAGCAUCGUGACUACAACCGUUGCCUCUACAUGCAGCUGCAGCACGUGGAGCUGGAGCUGGAACUCCUGGGGCCUCAUCGCUUCCAGAACCUGCAAAGCUACUCUCAAGCCGUAAGGCAGGUGAAGCACAUGAAGGACUUCCUGGAAAGUUACCUGUGCUCUGCAGCAUCCGUCAGUGAGAGGGGUUCACCCAGUCCCAGCCUUCCAGAAAAUGGCAAGAAGGAACCCACACCCAAAGGCCUGCCCUGGUGGGUUGUCUUCGUUGGUUGGUUCCUGGUGGCCAUCACCAGUGGUGUGUCUGGAUUCUUCACGAUGUUGUACGGGCUGCAUUAUGGCAAGGACAACUCCAUCAAGUGGUUAAUCUCCAUGGCCAUCUCCUUCUUUGAGAGCUUGUUCAUCACACAGCCAUUAAAGGUUCUGGGAUUUGCUGCUUUCUUUGCUCUGGUUCUGAAAAAGGUGGAGCAGGAAGAUGAAGAGAGCACAUCUAUUGAUGGUCCAUUGUCUGCUCCAGGUGACUCGAAUGCUAUCUUUGGAGCUCGUCGGGACAGUGGAAGCAACAUCUACCAGCCUCCUCCUGCUACCGACAUUGAGAAAAUGAAGAGCAACCGCAUCAAGGAGCAAAAAGCGUUUGCCUUGAUUAGAGAAAUAUUCGCCUAUUUGGGUUUCUUGUGGAUGUUGCUUUUGGUUACCUACGGACAGCGAGACCCUAACUCCUAUUAUCUCAAUAAACACAUUGAAAGCAGCUUCACAAAUGGAUUCCAAGACAUCCUAAGUUAUCAGGAUUUCUUCAAAUGGGCAAGAACCACCUUAGUCAGCAAUUUGUAUGGCUCAUAUCAAGGCUUUAUCACAGACGGCAACUCCAAGCUGGUGGGCAGUGCACGGGUUCGCCAAGUGCGCGUCAGGGGCGACAGCUGCCCCAUAGCCCCUACCCUGCAGCUGACGGUUGGGGAAUGCCACGCCACUUAUUCUUUCGACACCGAAGACACAGGGGCCUAUGGAGCACAGUGGAACAAUUCUUCCCUCGACAACUCUUCGGAGGUCAGUUCUGCGUGGCAGUAUCAGAGCCAAUCCCAGCUGAGAGGGCACCCAAUCUGGGGCAAACUGGCUGUCUACAGAGGUGGAGGGUAUGUGGUUCACUUGGGGACGGAUUCCCGCAACGCCUCCAGAAUUCUCCAAUACCUCUUUGAGAAUAUCUGGCUGGAUAGCUUUACAAGAGCGGUGUUCAUCGAGUUCACCGUCUACAAUGCCAACGUGAACCUCUUCUGCAUUGUAAGCCUCAUGUUCGAAACCAAUGCUUUAGGGGCCUUCUUUACACGGGCUGAACUGCAGAGUGUCCGGCUUUACCCGUACACAGAUGGUCUGCAUAUCUUUGUGGUAGCAGCCGAAGUAAUUUAUUUCCUCUUUGUCAUCUACUACAUGGUGGGACAGGGGAAACUCAUGCGGGCUCUGAAAUGGAAUUACUUCCGCAGCAAGUGGAACCUGCUGGAGCUGGCCAUCAUUUUGAUCAGCUGGAGCGCCCUGUCGGUGUUUGUAAGACGGACGAUCUUGGGCUUACGGGACAUCAGUUACUAUCAGGAGCAUAAGGACGAGUUUGCAAGCUUCAAUCAGACCGCGACAGUUGAUGCAGUCCUGGGCUACCUGAUCGCCUUCUUGGUGCUCCUCUCCACCGUGAAACUCUGGCACCUGCUGAGACUGAACCCCAAGUUGAACAUGAUCACCUCGACCCUGAGGAGGGCCUGGGGGGACAUAUCAGGGUUUGCCACUGUGAUCAUCAUCAUGUUCCUUGCCUACUCCAUUGCGACAAAUUUGAUAUACGGCUGGAAGCUGAACUCUUACAAGACCCUGUUUGAUUCAGCAGAGACAAUGGUCAGCCUUCAGCUAGGAAUCUUCAACUAUGAAGAGGUUUUGGAUUACAAUCCUAUUUUGGGCUCUUUCUUAAUCGGUUCCUGCAUAAUUUUCAUGACAUUUGUGGUCUUGAAUCUCUUUAUUUCUGUGAUCCUGGUUGCUUUCAGCGAGGAGCAGAAACAUUAUCAGGCUUCAGAAGAGGAAGAGAUAGUUGACUUAAUGUUGAAGAAAAUUUGCAGUUUCCUUGGAAUAAAAUAUAAAACCGAUCAUAAACCAGCCUGUGACAAGCCUGUGAACGAAUCUGUGAACAAGUAACAACUAUUUGUCCAACACCUUUCUUCUGACUUCAGUUUACAGCUGUUGCAGCUGCCUUUAGAUAUUGUGGUUCCUGUAUUUGUGACAUGCUGUGGCAGAAAAUAGGACUGUUUUCAGGAACUGAUACUUCAACCUGCUCUCUAAUCAUUGUAUUUAAGAAUGUGCCCUUAAUCCUGUAUUCAGAUAUGGAAAUGUGUAUAAAAUUGAUGCCUUCUGAUGGUGCAC